AUGCCGAGCCCUUGGCAUCGAGUCGAGCCUUCUGCCGCAUUAUCUCGAGGGUCGUCCAUGGCGAUCAUGAAUGCCCACCCCGAACAGCGUCCGCGAGAGAAUUCAGGCUCGACUGCAGUGUCGGACAAGGAUGAAAGCUGUCCUACAGCACCUCGCGAUGGCCAGGCGACAACCAGCUGUGACCGACUGCCAAGCCGCCAAGCCGCUGCCGGGCCCCAGAGCCGCAACCUGAGGCGCUGA